AUGGAGGACCCCAACGCGACCGUCGAUUCUGCGUUGCGUGAGGCCAUAACUGACCAGGACGUCGACGCGGUCCGGCGGCUCCUUGCGACGCCGGGCUACCGGUUCCCCGCAACGCCUACCGCUGUGUUUAGCCUCCUUGCUGCGCAAAGUGUGACAGUCGGCCACGGCCAGUCCGCGCACGCCGACCCGCCCAGCGUGUGUCGCCGCCGAGGGCAGGACAUGCUUCUCGCGCUUGUCGCGGCGUGCGACGAGGACGCGCUGUGCCGGCGGACGUUACAUAGGAAGUAUGUGGAUCUGGAUUGCGACGAGGCGGUGACCAAGGUAAAAAAAGAACUGAUAUUUCCUGGCAUAACGGCUUUGCAUCACUUUGCGUGGAACGGCGAUGUAGAGGCCGUCCAGACGAUACUCGAUUUACCGCAGUGCACGGCGCGCGUUUUGAAUACCGGAACUGGGGAACACGAAAAACACGACGUUAUUCCUGAUAGGAACGACGAUGAUCGCGUGACAGCACUCCACGUGGCGUGCGCCAUUGGGCGACCUUCGGUGGUCCGCGCCAUUCUACGCGACGGUCGCGCUGAUUUGACGCUUGUAAGUGUAGAUGAAGUCGCGUCAACAACCAUUGUCUUCGCGCUGGAUUCGCUGAGACUUUCUGUCAGCUCUACUACCAAAUUUGUCCCCCGGUUACUUGUGGACUGCGUCCGAGCGCUACUCACGAAAGAUCCUCGGCUCGCGGACGUCUUCUACACAGUGUCCCCAGGAGUGUUUCGACACGCGGUGAAAAAGGCAAGCCAGUUAGCCUGCCUCGAGGUGCUGUAUUUGAUGCUCGCUGCUCUCCCCAAGAUAAACCGACUCGAGCCGGUCUUGACCCGCGGAGAGCUAGAGGGGAACGAAGACUUUCAGAAAGAACUUUCGGAGACAGGACUCGAGGGUCUUCUAGCCCGCGUCGGUUGGGGGCACUACUCUCGCUCGGACCCAAACCGACCGCGCGAUGGCACGUGGCCGUGCACGGUGUUUCUGCUCGAGUGCGUCAACGCCGGGUCGUUCAAAGCGUGGCGCGCGGAGAAGGCGCGCGAGAUGCUGUUUCUACGACGGCUCUUCACCAGACAGCAUCGUCGCGCGUCGUGCGCCGACCUGAGCUUGACGCACCGCCUCUUCCUCCUCCGCGACGACGCGCUCUUCCUCAGGUGCCUCGAGUACUGUUGGUUCCUGGACCCGUGGAAACGGUAUCCCAGCGAGACGGAUUACCGCCGCGCCUUCGGAGCUGCUGACACAGAGCCUGAAUCCUAG